CUAAAAUUAGAAGCAAGAAUUUCCACGACUUCCUUUUCUGAGCAUCCUUAUAAACCGAGCAAUGUAGCCAGCUGAAUCCACUCCACCACUGCCACCUGAGCCAUCAUGCCACUCAGAGCCCACUGCUCACUGCUUCUGGCAGUAACUGCCCUCUACUGCAUUGGCACCGUGUUCGCCAUUCCUAUGACUGGAUUUGAUGAAAUGUGCCGCUGUAUGAAGACAAUAGAAAAUCGCAUCAGCACCCGGCUAUUUCUAAAAAUGGAGAUUGUGCCUGCCGGGCCACACUGCUCCAGCACUGAAAUCAUAGUCACCUUGAAGGACAAAAGAGUAGUGUGUGUGGAACCUGAAGCAGACUGGAUCCAAAAAGUCAUCAGCAAUGCCAUUCACAGGAAUGCCCAUAAGAAAUGAGAAGUGGCACCUCUGCAGCCUGAAGAAGAGAUUUUCUCUUUGCUCAAAAUUAAACCAAGCUCAAAAUGUGAUGUGAUAGAGCUAAGUAUAUGCUGAUGAAAUGCUUUUAAAAUGCAACUGUGAUACUGUUGAAAAUGGGUUUGAAUUGUUGUAAUACUUAAUAAAAGCCAUUAAAAGCAUGA